AUGGAUGAACCUGACGACCAGCUGAGCGCUGACGGCCAUCUGACGGCGAUUAAAAGGUUCCUAUCCUUUUUUGGUAAGUCUAUCUCCGGAUGUCUAUUCCUGGUUGGUGACAACUGCGGAGUGAACAAGCGGCUGGCGAACCUGCUCGGUGUGCCGCUAAUCGGCUGUGCCAGCCACCGCCUGAACUUGGCGGUGCGAGACUACUUGGAGCCCCACGACAGCAUCCUUGAAGAGGUCCAGCAGCUUAUGCGUAAGUUGCGGACUUUAAAGCAAGCAGCCAAGUUGCGUGCCAAGACCCCAUUGGCCGCUGUCCUCAGACAGGACACGCGCUGGUCGUCGACCUUUUCAAUGCUCAAGCGCUAUUUUCGGCUCCGUCCGUUCAUUUCGGCGGACGACGAGGAGCUCGCGGACUUCCUUCCGUCACGCUCAGCCCACCGCAAGCUGGAUACUUUGUUGGCAAGCCUUCGGGACGUCGAGUCCGUGUCCAAGCACCUGCAGGGCGACGGCCUUACGCUGCUGGACGCUCGUCGCACGCAGGCUCAUGUGGAAGGCGUGGACUGCACGCCGGCGGACAAGGAAGGGCUCGCUGUGCGUGCGCUCAAGCGACGCAAGGUAGCUGCUGCGCCGGCCACGUACGAGCUGCUUAAUGCGAUUCCUCCUACCUCAAACAUGGUUGAGAGGAUCUUCAGCAUUGCGCGCGCUGUGCUGCGCCAUGAGCGCCACCGCCUCUCCCCCAUGAUGCUAGAGAUGAUCUUGUUCCUCAAGAUCAACAGCUCGUACUGGGAUGUUGCGACCGUGGAGCAGUGCCUGUAA